GUUAUUUCUUACUCUGCUGAUAAGAACGCUGUCACCACUGCACAUAACCCAAAUAAUUGUUCUCCUGCUUACUCAUUGCCCAACAAUCCAAUUCUUCUUCAAAACCAUCUUCAAAAAUGAAGCUUGACAAGAAAAAGCUCAAGAAAACAAGAAAAUCCCACGACCAAGAAUCGCCAUUACUGCCCAAAACAAUAGAAAACGACCCGAAAACCGCUGAUGGAGCUUCGUUUCUUGGUGCGGUGUUUAAUCUUUCAACAACUAUUAUUGGCGCUGGUAUCAUGGCAUUACCUGCUACCAUGAAAGUGCUCGGACUUGGCCUUGGGAUUGCUAUGAUAGUGUUUGUUGCUGUCCUGACUGAGUGUUCUUUAGAGAUUCUGUUGAGGUAUAGUAAGGCGGGGAAAGUGGAUUCUUAUGGUGCUGUAAUGGCGGAUGCUUUUGGGAACGGUGGUCGGAGGUUGCUUCAGGUUCUUAUAACUCUUAAUAUUGUUGGGAUCCUCAUUGUCUACAUGAUUAUAAUUGGUGAUGUAUUGUCUGGAACAUCUUCGAGUGGAGUUCAUCAUGCUGGUGUACUGGAAGGAUGGUUUGGUAGCCAAUGGUGGAAUAGCCGGAUGAUUGUUCUUCUUUUUAUAACUCUUGCUGUAUUUGCUCCAUUGGCAUGCUUCAAGAGGAUAGAUUCAUUGAGAUAUACAUCUGCUUUGGCAUUUGCACUUGCGGUUGUUUUCCUUGUUAUUACUGGUGGAAUUACAGUUUACAAAAUAGUUGAUGGAAGUGUUUCUAUGCCAAGGUUACUUCCCAAUAUUACUGAUAUCACAUCUUUUUGGACUCUCUUCACUGUCAUUCCCAUUCUUGUUACAGCAUUUAUCUGUCAUUUCAAUGUACAUACAAUCGAAAAUGAGCUGGAAGACUCGUCUCAGAUUGCGCCAGUCGUCCGAAGUUCACUUGCCCUAUGCUCUACUGUCUACAUAAUGACAAGCUUCUUCGGAUUCCUCUUGUUUGGAAACUCAACAUUGGAUGAUGUAUUAGCCAACUUUGAUACCAAUCUCGGGAUCCCUUACAGUUAUAUGUUUAACGAUGUUAUUCGAAUAAGCUAUGCGCUGCAUCUGAUGCUUGUUUUCCCUGUCGUCUUUUAUCCGCUGCGCCAGAAUUUGGACGGUCUACUAUUUCCCUCGGCUAGGCCACUCGUUUCAGAUAAUUUCAGGUUUACAUUGAUCACCAUAACAAUCCUUUUCCUGACAUUCUUGGGAGCAAAUUUCAUACCUAGCAUCUGGGUUGCUUUCCAAUUCACUGGAGCAACUUCUUCAAUUUGCAUUGGAUUCAUCUUCCCUGCUGCCAUUGCCCUCAGGGAUCCCCAUUUGGUAGCAUCAAAGAAGGACAAGAUAGUGUCAGCUUUCAUAAUAUGUCUAGCUGUGUUCUCAAGUUUGGUGGCCAUUUACAGUGAUGCAUUUGCUUUGUUCAAAAAGAAUCCUUCCACAAGAUCAUGAUUUUCUUUGGUGUUUCAUUAUUUGCUCAAUCAUCUAAAAAGGAUGCAGAAUUUUGCAAGCCAAGGAAAAUAAGUUGAAUAGAAGAACAUUCAACUAGCUGAUGUACAAAUUAUAAAAUGUUGCAAUAUUGUGUUAGUUUGCAAGAGAAUUUGUUGUAUUUUGGUGAGGGAUUAGCAUGGAUGGUAAAUUUAUUGCUUAAUUUAUUCUUUUACUUCAUUUUAUAUAAAAAUAAAUGCUUAUUUA